GCGCUGCUAGUAGUCUGUUGUCAGUUGUGUUUACUUGCUUGAUCUGCGCAUAGUCCUGUGAAGUGCUUUUAGUUAUUUUAUUACCGAAAUCUUUGUUUGCGUGGUGAUAAUAUUGCUUUCAAAAUGCCUACGAGUGCAGUUUAUCAGCCUACCACAGUGACCUAUGAACAGCAACCUACGGAUCAGCGAUGGAACUGUCCCAUCAGCUACUUCUCUCGGCGUAUGGCUUCUAGUUGGAACCGAGCCGUAUGCAUGCGAGUUGGAUUAUGUUUGGCGGGCAGCACGCUAUUUAUUAUCGGUUUGGUGCUGAUCAUAGUAGGAGGUGUGAAAUUCUCCAACGCCUCUGAACCGGACCCUCACAGCUUCGAAAAUGGCGUCGGCGAACUGGUUGCAGGCAGCGUCUUAAUAUGCUUAGGAAUGGUGGCCGGCUUAUUGGGCAUAUGGCAAUAUUCGUCGAGAUGGGGCAAUGGCAAGGAAGCACCGACGAGUGGUGCCGCUGCACUGACGGCUCUCAACCCUUCGACGGAUCCCCUGGUGGCUGCGCAGUACGCGCCGGUCCGUGACGCACCUCCCGCGCCUGAUGACGAGAUGCGCAAUCUAAUGGACAACAAAGACUGCCUGAGCAGUGCAGAGGAGAGCGAUAAGAUGCUGGAUGGCAGGCCAUCAGUCGCGUAAAUACGAAUAUUUUUUAUUAUAUACGAGAUUAUUAUUACGAGCUUAGGCUAGUCCUAAUGUCCCCCUAAUUGUGUAAUGAACGGUGUUAGAGAUGCGUUACAAGUUCUUAGCUAAGCAUAAGUAACAUAGAAUUUAUUUUUAUGAUAUUUCAUCGCAAUGUUUAAUGUACCUAAUCCGAAUACAGUAAUGAAUCUUUAACGCCGCUCUGUUUCGUGUCCAUAAUCCAUGUUAUCUUAAGGUUGCAUUUUGGUACAAAGUAAAGAAGUACUUUACAAUAAAACACUUUAGCGAAUAAUUAUUUCUGUUAUUCGAAAAUAACGUGUGCUUGUUUGUGUGGUAUCUAAGUUUAUAUUAUUUUAUGGUGCACUGUAUUCACAUUUGGAUAAUUUUGAUAUUUUAAUUCGACUUAUCAUACUAUCGCGAUAGUAUUUAAUUAUUAAGCGGAAUGUAAUCCUUAAGAAAUAUUUUUUGUAAUGUUAACUUGUCUUUAUGAUGCAACGGUUAAUAAGCAUGACAAUUUACUUAUAAUACGUAUUGUAAGACGACCCUAAACCCUGACCUUAGAGAAUAAGACUUGGGAACAUUGCAAACUAAUGUUUUUACCAUUACUUACAUACAAUGUAUGUAUGUAAAUGUGUAUUUUUAUUUAUGAGGUCACUUUAAUAUUUAAGAUGUGUUUACGAAGUAUUCUUUAAAGUGUCCAGAUUGAAUAUAAUCUCACAUUAUAAUCAUAUGCAUUUAAGCGCAGCUACCGUUUAUAUCAUCAGACACCCAACAUUAUUAGACCUACCGUAUUUUUUUUUUGCAAUAUUGUAUCAAGCUUGAUAAAAUUCGCCCUUAUUUUUAUGAUAUAAUUAAUAAAUGACAAGAGGCCAAAUUACUGUCCAGAUUUAUCAAAGUAAGAUUAAUGAUGAGACAAUGUAUUGAUAAAUACAUUUUAAGGUAUCAAAUAUAACAAUUUGAAAGUCCAAAGUAUUAAAGAUUAAAAAUAUAUUCGAGCAGGAUUUAAGAAAUCUCAAAAUAAGUAUUAUUUUUUUUCAGAAAAAUAUUGUAUAAUUCUGUUUUAGUAUUUAUAUGUCAUAGAUAUUGUAUUAGAAAUGUCUUUGCUACGGCGGACGUCCUCAAGGAUUAUUUUCACACCUCAUCUAGACCGCAAAAAUACCUUACUAUUAACUGGAUAAUUACUGUUCGGAAUCGUAAGAGUAGUUUUGUAAAUUUAAAUGUUCUCAAUAUUUCUCAAAUAGAUUGGCAGCAUUUGUCUUACGUAAUACGUUAAUAAUGUAGGUACGUUAAAUUAUUUUUAUACAAGGCAAAUAGAUUUUCUGUGUUAAAAUCAUGUAAAAGCAAUUUAUAAACAUGUAGCAUAUAGGGCUUUAAUGUAGAAUAAAAAUCGUAUUUUAUAUUACUUUUUGAACCUGAAUAUUUCCCUGAAUUGUGUUAUGAAUUUCGCGGUUAUAUUGGUCAACAUGUAUAAAAGACAUUUUAGUAAUAGGUAGACUCAAACGAUAAAAUAUGCCGGUUUAUAAAAUUAAUGUCCAAUAUUUUAGGUCGUAAAAUACAUAAAAAUCAUCGCGAGUUGUAUUUCGAGAGCUACAAAAAUGUCCACAUUUACUUCUAAAUGAAUAAAAACAUUUUUAUAGGAUUGACCUUGAGUUGAACAUCAUGUUCAAGUAAAAGUACCGAGUAGCUGCAACGCAAAAUCGACACAUACAUCUUCAGCCUCUAGCUAGUAAAUAAUUGUCAUCAUAACUCUACGGUGGGUUACACCAUUUAAGUAUAUUAGCGAUAACCUAACCGUUGCCAAUGGGUGGCGAGUACGUGGCUGGUUAUCGUUAUAAUGGUGCAACUCACCCUUAGAUUAUUAUUGUUUAAUCCAUUUAUUUUUUGACCGUCCUUAGAGUUAAGUGAGUGGGCCGUGAGGUACUUAGAAAGUUAAGUUUGUCCUAAAAUGCAUUGUCGAAUAGGAUGGAUGCAUAGCAUUUAAAAUGUUUAAUUUCUUACAAAUUAAGAUAUUAAUUUAUAUUGAGCUCUCUUUAAAAAUAUGUAAAUUUUGUCAUGAACUUGCAAUAUUACUACAUCACUUAUUUACCACUGCUAAAUAAUCAAUUCCUGUAAGUUUAUAGUACCUAUCGAUUUAAGUAUUAUGAAAUACUUAGUGUUAAGAAGCAAGAUUUUUUUUUUCACUUUACAUGAUUUGUUUCUUAUUUUUUUCUAGACGCUCAUGUCUCCAACCAUGUAUAAAUAACAUAUUUCCGUUUACAAUAAUCUGAUUGAUACAUAUUUUAUAAAUUAAAUGAAUCUAUUUUGUUGCUUAUUUUUUCUAUGUUAAAAUUUUAUUGAUAUUAUAAUAGAAAACAUUUUUGUAUUUAUUUUUCACCGUGCAAAACGGCUUCUUUAUGUCCAACAAAUGAUUAAUUGGAUUGUUUUUAAAUUGUGCAAAGGCAUGCAACACAGGCGUUGUUAAUUAUUUAACGAUCAUAAAUAUGGUUUGAUAAAAUAAUUACAGAAAUAUGAAAGACCGCCUUUAUUGACAUUGCUUGCGUGGCUAUCUUUAUUUGCAGGUAAUUUUCCGAAAUAUUAUAUAUUAUGUACUUAUCAAUGUCAAUGUUUCGAAGAAUCCUGAAUAAAGUUAUACACUUCAA